GGGUUUGUUUGCAGGCGGGUUUUGCUGGAAGGUUCUUCCAUGCACGUUUCGAGACCAAAUCGCUCGACGACCUAUUACGCCCAUGACCGAGUCGCGUAUUAUAACAUUUGCCUCAGCCAUAUAACCUUACCGGCGUCGACUCGCCACGCCUCGACUUGACGCGAGAGAUGCACUCGCUAAGCAAGGCCCUGCUUGGCUCUGGCCGUCGCGGCCAGCAGAACAGCGCGCUGCUCCAGGCUGUGCGCUUCUACGCCGCCAAGGAUGUGCGCUUCGGCAUCGAGUGCCGUGACAAGGUGCUUGCCGGCGUGAACAAGCUGGCGGAUGCCGUCCAGGUCACUCUGGGUCCCAAGGGUCGUAACGUCAUGAUUGAGCAAACGUACGGCGGCCCUAAGAUCACCAAGGAUGGUGUGACUGUGGCUAAGGCCAUCGAGCUGAAGGACAAGUUUGAGAACAUUGGCGCCAGCCUGGUGAAGCAGGUGGCCAGCGCCACCAACGACGUGGCGGGAGACGGCACCACCACCGCCACGGUUCUGACCCGCGCCAUCCUGGCCGAGGGCUGCAAGUCCGUGGCCGCCGGCAUGAACCCCAUGGACCUGCGCCGCGGCAUCAACAUGGCGGUGGAGCACGUGGUGGGCGUGCUCAAGGCGCGCGCCAAGAUGAUCUCCACAACCGAGGAGAUUGCGCAGGUGGGCACCAUCUCCGCCAACGGCGAGCGCGAGAUCGGCGAGCUGAUUGCCCGCGCCAUGGAGAAGGUGGGCAAGGAGGGCGUCAUCACCGUCAACGACGGCAAGACGCUGGAGAAUGAGCUGGAGGUUGUUGAGGGCAUGAAGUUUGACCGCGGCUACAUCUCGCCCUACUUCGUGACGGACCAGAAGACCAUGAAGGUGGAGCUGGAGAACCCGCUCAUCCUCAUCUGCGAGAAGCGCAUCAGCGGCCUUCAGUCCCUGCUGCCGGUGCUGGAGAAGGUGGUGCAGGUGCAGCGCCCGCUGCUGAUCAUUGCCGAGGACGUGGAGAGCGAGGCGCUGGCCACGCUCAUCGUCAACAAGCUGCGGGCGGGCCUCAAGGUGUGCGCCGUGAAGGCUCCCGGCUUCGGCGACAACCGCAAGGCCAACCUGCAGGACAUCGCCGUACUCACCGGGGGAGAGGUGAUCAGCGAGGAGCUGGGUCUCAAGAUGGAGAACGUGGACGUGCGCUCGCUGGGCUCGGCCAAGCGCAUCACUGUGACCAAGGACGACACCAUUGUGCUGCACGGCGCCGGCGCCAAGUCCGACAUCGCCUCCCGCUGCGAGAUGAUCCGCGCCGCCAUGGACGCAACCACCUCGGACUACGACCGUGAGAAGCUGCAGGAGCGGCUGGCCAAGCUGUCUGGCGGCGUGGCGGUGAUCAAGAUCGGCGGCGCCAGCGAGGUGGAGGUGGGCGAGAAGAAGGACCGCGUGGUGGACGCGCUCAACGCCACCAAGGCCGCCGUGGAGGAGGGCAUUGUGCCGGGCGGCGGCUCCGCGCUGCUGCACGCGUCCAAGACGCUGGACGAUGUGACCGCCAAGCUGGACAACUUCGACCAGAAGAUCGGCGUCAACAUCAUCCAGAACGCACUGCGGGUGCCCAUGAAGACCAUCGCCUCCAACGCGGGUGUGGAGGGCGCCGUGAUCGUGGGCAAGGUGCUGGAGAUGGCGGAGCCGCAGAUGGGCUACAACGCCGCCACCGGGGAGUUCGUGGACAUGAUCAAGGGCGGCAUCAUUGACCCGCUCAAGGUGGUCCGCACAGCCCUGGUGGACGCUGCCAGUGUGUCCUCCCUCAUCACCACCAGCGAGUGUGUGGUGGUGGAGGCGCCCGAGGACAAGAAGCCCGCGGCCGGGUACCCGCCCGCGCCCGACAUGUACUAAGCGGCUGUAGCAGCUGGAGGCGGCUGUAGCAGCUGUUUAGGGCUGCAGCAGCUGAACGGGUUGUGCUGGUUGCAGCAGCAGUAGCAGUUUUAUGGGGCCGCUGCUGGCUACAGCUGGCGGCCGGACCUCUGGCGCCUGCCGCGUAUGACGUCAUGCGCACCGGCACCAGCCUCAGGGUUGCAGUUGCCGGCAUGACGCUGUGUGGCGGGUGGGUGCUGCCACUUGGGACGUGGGGGUCAGGUGGGUCAGGCGGUGGAUCGGAGGCGGCGCCGGCAAGCCUCCGGAGUAGGAGGCAGCAUUAGGAAGCAGUGGGGAUGCAGAUGUGUCUCAAGGUCAGGUGCGAGGACAGCGUGAGAGCAAGAGAGAGUGUGUGUAUGUGUGAGUUCACAUGACUGGGCGGGCGCGGAAGGCCUGGCCCAUACAUGGGCGAUGUGGUAGCAGGAUGGAUGAGAGGUGGGAGGUGCCGCGUGGGAGGGGUGGGCGCGGGCAGCACUGGGUGGGUGGCCCCGGGCGGGGGGCAAGAGGUGGUGAGGCGGUGGCGGCACGGGUGAGGUCUGUUGAGCCUUAACGUGUGGCCGGAGUGUUGUAGGGGCCUUGAAGGCGGGGUGCGACGGGAAGUCCGGAGACUCCGGACGGGCUGUAAGGUGGCUUCGCAACUCGUCUCGUUUCAGGGCUGCAUGCGAACUUGCAAACGGCGAAGAUCCCCACGCCCACAGCGAGAUGUAGCGGCCGGCUGACAUACCGGUAUCGAAAGGCAGCGCGGCGAGCACGAGUCUUGGUACGCCCGCGC